AUGUCAUCCGUAGAUCAGGCAGAGCAGUCUGCUCAGGCAAGUUCCUCUCAUAUGAUGAAGACAACAAAACGGGGCAGGCCUUUUCUCAAGGAUACCCUUGACCUUUUUGCAACACUCAUCGUAUCUCUUAAUCUGACUACGCACAAACAAUAUUUUCGCACUUUCCCCAACUCUUUCUCCACGGACGAGGCUGCUGCAAACUUGGCAUCUCUCAAGUUUUCUCAGUCAAAUCGCGGGCCGGAUCCCAGAGACAAAUCACGAAUAGUGACGACUACAACUACCACGACAUUCUCAAUGACUCGUGACAUGGCAAAGGCUAUGUGCCAACACUUCAUGGACGCUCGCUUGAUCGAAAACGCCGCUGAUCUUGGCAGCAACCUCUUCAAAGAUCGCGGUACUUAUGUCCUGACACCCAAGGGUCUCCAUGUCCUGGAGCGAUUCAUAUCCAAGAACGGCAUGAAUUCCGACCAUCUCCAACCCGUAUUCGCCUCUCAACCUAUAUGCAUCAAGCUCUUACAUUUAGAGCGUCGGUCAGCUGAUGACGAAAUCAUCGUUACACAGUCCGUCAUCACUGCGCUCUUCCGUCGAUUCGUUGGUCGUCAGCCCAACUACCCCGCUCAGCUCUCGGCCAAUCCGCCAGACGCUUUUCAAGAGUACCACGAGCGUUCCAAGGGCGUACCUCUAAUGGAUGUGCAAGAGCGCGCGCAGCCUAUAGUAGGGAGAGCCUCACUCAUGCACAAACACUGCUUUGCUGCCGUGAGUGCUCUUGAAUGGCUAUGCGACUUCACCUCCGUGGUUGGAAGAGAAGAAGCGGCAGAGAUGGCUGCCCAGUUUGUUCGCUUCGGCCUUAUCACGUUGGUCAGCGAUAAAAGGAAAAACAACGACUCUGCCAUAAUUUUCACUGUCCGUGGUUCUACCCCAGGUGGGAAUUCUCCAGUCAGCCAACACGGAGAGUUCCGAUGUACAGCUAAGGCUAUCUAUAGAAUCACAGACGAAGGCAAACGGCUCGCUCAGUGGGACGAAGCUAGUUCAUCUCCUCUCAGCUCGACGGUGAACCUGCAUCAUGCCGAGCGCUCUUACGAGGCUGCGGAGAAGAAGGGCAAUGUCAAGAGCAAUACCGACCGUCUCAAGUACAUCUUGGAAGAGCCAUCUUAUCGUGCUCUCUUCCGUGAUUUCCUGAAGGCAAACUUCUGUGAAGAGAAUUUGGCCUUUUGGAUGGAUGUCGAGGAUUUCAAGCGCAAGUUCAACACGACAUCUAGUGCACAAGCUGCCGCUCCUGCUCGGUCGGGAAGCAGAGCAACUCCUGGACAAGCCGCCAUGGAGAGACAUCACGAGGCUUUGAUUCAGACCGCUUUCCUGAUUUACAACAAAUACCUCGCACCUUCAAGUCAGAACGAGCUCAACAUCGACCACGGCCUUCGCCUCGAUCUCGCCAAUUAUCUUGGUGAAGUCAUGGUUGGCCUGCACGGCAAAUCGUUCGACGGACAAGUAGAUGCCAGUCAAGCCGUCUCUUUCAACGCAACGCAACUGCAGGUUCUAAUCAAGCUUUACACGCGCAUUCAAACGCAUGUUCUUCGGUUGAUGGCUAUGGACUCGCUGCCCAAGUUCAUUAAAACGCAGAGGUUUCUGGACGCACGGCAGUGGCUCGGAGAAGGAGAUGCGCCAGGUGAUGACGUUCAUUUCCUCACCAGUCCUCCUGCUCCUCCUGGCCUCGGUGCUGAGGAGACUGGUGGAGCAUACAUCACGGUGUCUUUGAAAGGCAGUGAACGAGAACACCGGCAUAACCGCCGAGACAUGCCAGGGUCGCCACAUGUCUCAUGA